AUGGCUGCCAUGAUGCAGUCGCCUAACAGGCGUCGCUCCAUGGCUCGCCAGUUCACGGCGCGGUCCUCGAGGCACCUGAGCGAUUCCAUGGAAGAUGUCAUCCGACUGGCUGAUGAUUUUCAUCCCAAUCGCGACGUCGAGCAGGCUGUCGAGCCGGAGUUGGAGAAGAUGGGUCGACCACGCACUAUAAUUGUUGUUAUCCUACUCCUCACAUGUCUACUGUUCUCACUUCUUGAUACUACUAUUGUAUCGACGUCUCUUUUGGAAACCAGCAAGGAUCUGGGAAACGUUGAGGACAGCUCCUGGAUCAUGUUGGCGUAUCUUCUCACAUACAUGGGCUUUUCUAUAAUCUUUGCCAAGCUCAGCGACAUAUUUGGACGCCUGGCCAUGCUCGAGAUUUCCUGGCUGAUCUUUGCAGCCUUUUCACUUGGCUGUGGUAUUUCACAGACCAUGACUCAGUUAAUUGUAAUGAGGGCAUUUCAAGGAAUCGGCGGUGCGGGUCUGUACAGUCUUCCCUUCAUUUGCAUCCAUGAAGUUGUUCCAGCAAACAAGUGGCAUCUCAUGGGUGCCAGCAUUGCCUGCAUGCUCUCCGUGUCCUAUGUACUUGGGCCCAUUCUUGGGGGAGUCAUUCCACAUCUCAGCAGCUGGAGAGUUUUGUAUCUCAUGAAUGUUCCCAUUGCUGGCGCAGUGGCCGGAGGCCUCUUUGUGGUCUAUCCCAGGAAACGUCACCAACCAAGGAUAUCAGUCACCGAUAAGCUGCGACAAAUGGACUUUAUUGGAGCGUUGCUGCUGCUUGCCGCGAGUAUGAUGAUUGUCUAUUCUAUUCAAGAAGGUGGAUCCAUGAAGCUUCCAUGGUCAUCCCCCGCCAUUGUAACCAUGCUUGUUAUAUCUUCCAUCUGCUGGGUGGCCUUUUGGUGCUGGGAAGCAUUCGUGGGUCUGAAAGACGGCAAGGUUGAACCUAUUUUCCCACUCUCGCUCGCAGCUCACCGAGCAUACCUGGCAUGCCUGUUCGCCACCUUCCUGCUUGGGUUUGUUUUCAUGACGAGUGUUGUAGUUCUUCCCGAAAGAUCCCAGGUUGUCGACGGUCGAGAUGUGCUAAUGGCUGGUGUUGAUCUCCUGCCGCUGCUUGCUGCUGUGGCUGUUGGAACAUUUGCAUCAGUGCCAUUCACCAGACCCAAGAAUCAAACAACUCUAAGUCUUACCAUUGGUGCCAGUCUUAUGACCGCUGGCUGCAGCCUCAUGACGGCUGUAGAGAACAUGGAUGAAUCUCAAGCCGUCAACGCUGUGUAUGGCUUCAAAGUUAUCCUCGGCCUCGGUUUCGGCUUCUGCCUCUCGUCAACGACAGUGAUAGCCAAUGUGAUUGGAAGGGGUGAUGACAUGGCAGUCGCCAAUGGUGCUAUUGCGCAGGCCCGUGUGCUGGGCUCAGCGAUUGGACUUGGCAUGUGGACCAUCAUAUUCAACCGCCACGCACGAAGCAACAGCCUGCUCGUCGACCAGCGAAAUGGAGGCCUUCUUACUCCCCAGCAGGUAGAUAUGCUGCAUCGCGCACCGUCGAAUGCGUUGCUACUACAAGGCCCAGCGCGAGAGGAGGUGCGCCAGAUUUAUACUGCCUCGUUUACGGAUAUCAUGCUCGUUCUAGCCAUCGUGUCAUCUGGCGCUUUUGCCAUGGCACUAUGCACGUACCAGACGAAUCCGCCGCCCGUUAACCUUCCAUCGUUACCGUCCACAUCGCCAAGGCCGCGGGCUCGUCUUCCUAAGCAGAUGACUACUGCUGUCGGCAUUGAUGACUUUCGAGGCAUGAGGGAGAGUCAAUAUAGAGCUCUAGAUGGCAACGGUUCGGAGUCGGAUGGACGGCUCGAUAGUAUCGAGUUAGGACGGUUGCCUACUCUACCCCUUGCAAUUUUGCCCAAGUAA